AUGUUCUUAGUCGAAUUCCUUCGGCAUGAAGGCAGAGGUGAUUAUGCUGGUGCCACCGUCUGCUUUAACUGCCAUCUUGAUGUCCCUCAAUUUCGGUGUAUUGAUUGCUUGGGUACAGAGCUGUACUGUAAGGGUUGCAUUGUCAACUUACACACUCGGAAUCCAGUGCAUCGCAUUCAGGAGUGGUCAAACUCUUGUUUUACGACGGUGUCGCUGAAGGACCUAGGCCUACACGUGCAGCUUGGCCAUUUUACUGGAGAUUCUUGUUCAUUACCUGAGAAAGCAUUCAAUGAUGAUUUCACCCUGAUCGAUACUAACGGUAUUCACACCAUUGGACUGGAUUUUUGUGGGUGCAAAACCACUCAAACAAGGACCAAGCAAUUACUACGUGCAGCCUGGUUUCCAGCUACAACUGUUGAUCCACGUAGUGCGGCGACCUUCCGCAUCCUCGAGCAGUAUCAUCUUCUGUCAUUUGAGUCAAAGGCUUCUGGGUAUGAAUUCUAUCACUCGAUUGUGUGCCUGACCGAUAAUACUGGACUUCGUCCUCAAAAGGAUCGUUAUGAGCCAUUCUUGCGGAUGGUCCGUGAAUGGUGUCACCUCAAGAUGCUCAAGCGAGCAGGCCAAGGACACGAUCCAGCUGGUGUGGCAAAUAUGCAAAGCGGCCAAUGCACUGUUCUGUGUCCUGCAUGCCCUCAGCCUCUUAAAAACCUUCCAGACAACUGGAAAGAUGUUCCGAAUGACAAGAAAUGGUUAUAUGCCCUCUUCGUAGCCAUUGAUGCAAACUUCCGUCUCAAAAGACGUAUUGUGUCUAAGGAUGCUACAGACCCUGGGCUUAGUCGUGGUUGGGCGUACUUCAUAGACGAGACAGCAUACAAGGCGUAUUUACAAGAUCAUGGUAAUAGGCCACAAGAGAAAAGCACCUGUGCGUCACAUAAUGCAGUCAACAUGGCCGACACAAAAGCUUCUCAGGGUCUGGCUGCAACUGGAGUGGGGAUGAUAGAUUGCGCGCGGCACAAUAUGAAGUUGCCCAAUGGUGUCGGAGACUUGCAGAAAGGUGAAAGAUAUAGCAAUAUGGAUUAUCUGUUUUUUUCGACCCUCCGCGGGCGCUGUGUCGAAACGCUCAACGUUUCAUAUGAUAUCGCUUGCCAGUGGCAUAAGAACCUUUGGGAAUGCAUGUCCACAAUGCCUCUAGACCUCCAUCUGGACCCUCUCACCAAGUUCAUUAGAUUUUUCGUCCCGAAAUUUCAUCUACCUGCGCACAUUUUCAAAUGUCAAACUACAUAUUCAUUCAACUUCUCAAAGAACAUCGGACGAACAGAUGGUGAAGCCCCAGAACGUGGCUGGUCAAAUAUUAACCCUGUCGCCUCUAGCACAAAGGAAAUGGGCCAGGAUGAUCAUUUCGGUGAUUGGAACUGGAAAAAGAUAGUUGGACUUGGCGCAACAUUACUCCAAAAGAUGGGCGAGGCUCAAGAGGAGAAAGAAGCUCAUAUAAUGGCUUUCGAGGAGCUAGAUGGUGCUUUGCAACCUGGGACAUCAGAUCCCUGGAAAUCUGAAAUUGAGUAUUGGGAACACAACCCCAACGACUCUUCGGUUACUAACCCAUUCAAGAAGAAGGUCACUCCUAUUACCCAAGCUGCUGUUCGACUGAAACUUGCUGAAAUAGAGGCUCGUGAUCUACAGCAAGGUGUCGACACAUCUCUCCACCCUGAAAUCUCACCCAGCGUGUUUAUUGCAUCUGGCAUUGAUCUUAAAACUGAACAGUGUCGUUUGCAGGCAGAUAUCACCCAGCUUGGUUUGCAUCCCACAGAUACACAGAAGGCUACCGUUCAAUGCCAGCAGAACUCUCUGCAGCGCAAGAUUGAUGUGUGGAGGCGCGUCCAGGCCCUCUAUACCCCUGCAGUCCAACUACUAUACUCGUAUCCACUCCAAUCUUCCCUGGACCCCAUCACACCAGAAGACACAAAACUCUACUUGCCAUCGACUAUGUGCACCAGAUUUAUGCAUUGCGAUACUCGCCUUCAGACCGCCGAAUGGGAACUCCGUUUUGCUCAGGCUGGGGAUGCACUGGAGGAGCUAAGGCAGAACCUCCGCCUACGUGACUAUAUGUACACAUUUAAAAGAGAUUGGGUGCGUGGUCAGAGCGCAAACACUCGAGCUCAAAAUGCUCUCACUCAAGUAGUUUUGAAGGCAUCAGCUGCAGCUGACAAGUAUCGUGCUGCUCAUGGAGCACUUUCUGCCCUCGCUCCCUUGCUCCAAAUGGUCGGCUGGAAACUCAAGUAUAAGGAACUCAACAAGAAGGAUGAUGUACAUGGGAUGUCAGCACCCACAAAAGGUGUAAGUGAAGGGAGAAGGCAAUUAUUGUGGAUUUGGUUAGUAGAAGGAGUCGGGGAUGAUCAGGAUGAGGUAAUACAAGAUAGUCUUAGAGUCGAGUGUUGUAAGGCUCGGGUGCAAUCUAUGCGAUGGGCAGAAGAAGUCAAAUUGCUUCAUGAGGAGAUGCGAAGGGUUCUUCAAUUCCUUAGGUGGCAUGCAGCUUGGUGGCACGAGAAAGGCUGUGAACCCACACCUGAUGCUACUGCCGAGAACAAGGGUCUGCUUGCCUAUGCGUGUCGCCAGGCUCAACUUAGACACGAUCUCGCUGACCAUUUUGAGAAGAUGUGGAUGGCGCAUGUUUCAACAACUACAGGUAGUGGGAGCACAGUUGGGAAUGAUAAAUGA